AACUAUCCGGAACUGCGGGCUGUGGGGUAAAGCGAGACUGUUGGGCAGUAUGCAUUUACCUGGCUAAGAGGGCGUCGUUGAACUUUCCCCCCCCCAUAACACAGACAGCAGGAGGCCUGGUAACCCUAAGUGCAGCACAGUCGGGCCCCCCUUAAAAUCCGUGGGCCCAGAGCGACUUGUCCUCACUGUGGCCACCAUCAUAACUUAAUUAAAGAGUAACUAUCAUUUAUGUAAACAUGUAUCCGAAGUAUGUAGAUAUAUGUAGUAUGGAGAAAUUGUUUAUUAUUGUGCUUUCUCAACCUAACACUUCUUACCUGAUACAAGCAAUUCAAUCAUGCUGGUUGUCCGUGCACUGCAGACUUCUGUCUUGUUCUGGGAUCUGUCAGAGUUGUGUCAGAUAAAUUGUCACUCGCGCCAUCACUUGACUGUUUCUAGCUGUGUUGAGGAUCUUACAAUAAAUAAAUAAAUAAGUAUAUGUGGCUUAUGGGCCAUUUUCCCAGUAAAUGUCCAGAUAUGUUUCUUAAGGGGUAGUUCUCCUUUAACUAAGUAUAAUGUAGACCGUGAUGUGUUUUUUUUUUUAUUCAGUAGAUUUCCAGUUGGAAUUUCAUCAGCUUAUCUGGUUGUAAGUGGCCAGUAUCCCUAGCAACCUGGAAGUGACUUGAGUGAGAGACUGGAAUAUUAAUAGUUUAAAGACAUCGAGGGACACAUUUUAUAAAGGGGGAGUUUUUUUUUUCUUUUAUAGGUGAAGAUUAUCUGACUGCUUGGAUUGGAACUCUCAUAAUUUUUACAUAUUUAUUUACAUAUAUUUUUCUUUUGAGAAGCCACGUUUUUUCCUUCUUUUUAUGUUUUGGAUGGCUGUCCAAGACGCUGGUCCGAACUUAUUUUUCAUUCAUAGUAACUAUACAGCAUAGCUGCCAAGCAGCAAUUGUUUUUAGCUGCCAGCUGUUUGAAAAAAAAAAAAAAAAAAUCAACCAACGGACUGCUGUUGCAAACCUUUUGUGAUAUAUUUCACUGUGCAAACAGACCUUGUUCUUCAGUUUUAUUCCUUCACUGCUUCUGCAAAUUAAUUCUCCAAAUUACUGGUUCGUUCGGCAAACAGGAGGAAGUACAGGAAACUAGUUGUGAACUAAAUGCUUCAGAAAGGCUGCAAAGCUGCUGGAAAGACGAGCAGCUUUUGGCAACCAACAAGGUUCAAGUUCUGUUACCAUUGAACCCAGCUGCACAAAUAUGUCCAGUCAAGGGGAAGACUGCUACUUUUACUUCUACUCCACCUGCACAAAGGGUGACAGCUGUCCAUUUCGGCACUGUGAAGCUGCUGUCGGGAGUGAAACUGUAUGUACAUUAUGGCAAGAAGGACGAUGCUUUCGACAAAUCUGCAAGUUUCGGCACAUGGAAAUUGAUAAAAAGCGCAGUGAGAUACCUUGUUAUUGGGAAAACCAGCUCUCCGGUUGUCAGAAAGGGAAUUGUGCUUUUCACCACACCAAGGGUCGUUUUGUGGAUGGUGUUUUUAUGCCUCCAAGCAAGUCUAACUUACCAAACCCUGAACCGUCUACAGUGGAGCCACCUACUCCCCAGCUCUCACUGCCCCAAGGCAAGCUUUCAGUGGCCCCCACACCACAGCUCCGUGGCGUAAAGAAGAUUGAGGCUAAUGAAAAUAUACCAAGUCCCACCCACCCACCUGUUGUAAUAAAUGCAGCAGAUGACGAUGAAGAUGAUGAUGAUCUAAUUUCAGAAGAAGGAGAUGAGACGAAAAACACAGGUCAGCUUCACUCCUCUUCCAUUGCUCACCAAGGGGCUCGUAUUGUAUCAUCACGGAAGUCUGCAACCCCACAAAAAAUUAACAAAGAUGCUUCUUUGAACUUUCAUAUUAAAACCUUGGAAGAAAUAAAACUGAAAAGGCAGAAGGGAGAAGAACAUUGCCUUGCUGAUGCUGUGGAUGGUUCCUCCAUUCAGACAACUACAGGAGGGAAUAUGAUUGUCCGCACUGUUUCGUUCUAUUCAAAAGAUAAACCCAGUAUAUGCCUAAGCUUGGCUCAAAGACUUGGAAAGCGUACCACACCUACAGAUGAAAGCCCAUUGGCUGAUUCUGUAGGAAGUUUUCCUCCAGCAAAGAAAAGCCUCCAUCAAAGACUGGGAAGGAGAAUAACACCACAUGGAAUAGGCAUUGACACAAAGAAAGUUCGGAUUCCCCGGCCUUUAAAGGAGCGAUUGGGUUUGCCCACAGAACAGAACAGUACAGAAACAGAAAAGGCUGCCAGACCAGCUCCUGAAAUUCAUAUUAAAACACUACAAGAGAUUCGUCAGGAAAAAGCCAACCAGAAACAACAGCAGAGAUCUAAAGUCUUGCCUUGCAAAAGCAAUGAGACUUUAAAUGCAGAAACAGAAGUUGCAUCUAAGUCCAGUAUGCACAUUAAGACAUUUUCUGAAAUACAUGCAGAGAAAAGGCAAAGACAGCUGAAAGCAUUGACACUUGAAAGCCAAGAGGAAAAAAAACACAAGCUUGAGAGUCAUAGUGAUGAGAUACACAAGAAUGGUCAGGGUGCCAAGAGACCAAGGACUGAAGAGCAACAAGGGGAAACUGAAAUGGAAGAAAAGCCAUUAGAGACCACACUGACUGAGAAUGUCGGAAAUCAAAAGGAGAUGAAGUCAGAAGAAAAAGGGAAUUAUGUCACUGAUCCAGGUAACCAAAAAAAAGAACAUUUGGUUCAAUCCCCAUUGUGUGGCAGUGCGAAGGAAGCAAAAGGCAGAUCACAAUCCAUAGAACAAGUGCGAGUCAAAACUCUAGAGGAGAUUAGGCGUGAGAAGGCCCUGAGACUGCAGCAAGGCAGUAAGCAGGAAAAAACACAAAGUGAGGAGUCCCAGCUACAACCACUAUCCAGUCGUAAGCGGAUUCUACGAAUCCUCAAUCCAGUAGGCAACAGAGAAAAAAUGGAGAGUGCAACAGAAUCAAAUUCAGGCAAUUCUUUGAAGGUAACAUGUGUCAAGCCAUCCCUAGAGAGUCUGAAGGAGGAGAUGAACAACUCAUGUUCACAUCUCCUACAAUCACAGGCUUUAAACAAAACAAGUAUUACAUCUAGUCUGGAGGUAUCCAGUGCUGGAUACUCAAAACAACCUGGGACAGCUUUAGAGCAAAAUCAUGAAAGCAAAACAAAAGAAAAGCCAAAAGUGAAUGUUGAACCACAUGUGGUUAGAAAACAUUUGCCAAGCAAAAGCACAAUAAAAAGGAAAGUUCAAGAAAUCCCUGCUGUUGCUGCUGUUCGGCCCCUUAGUCCUGCAGCCAUGUCUAUUGCAGAGCAGGAUUCUACAGUCUCCAUGGUUCCUGCAAAUGAGGCAUCUCUCUUAGUGGAGCAUCUAGUGGCGUCCAAGCCUCUUAAUGAAAGUGAGCUUGCUACACCUGAGCCAUAUGUACCUCAUACUGCACAGACUCAUGCAAAAUCCCGCAGAACGAGCACUACAUCAGCAGGAAAACCGAAUUUAGCUACAGAGGAUGACUUUGACAAACUUAUCUGGGAGAUCUCAGAGGGGAAAUUGGAGGCUGAAAUUGAUCUUGAUCCAAGUAAAGAUGAGGAUGAUCUUCUGUUAGAGCUAUCAGAGAUGAUUGACAGUUGAGAGCAAAUGGGAGAGGCAUAAAUCCAGGGUCUGCCCUUGAAGUAAGAACAAUUCCUGAUUUAGUUGCCACCCAUUGCUUUUAUGAACCCUAAAACUGACCUAGGCUAAAAGAAGCCAGUAAUAUGGUUAGUUGACUUAAGAAGAACAUGUGCAUUGUAUAUGCCUUGUGGCAGCUACCUUUCCUGCCAUGCCACUCUCUGUGCUGUUUCAUCUGAAAUCCAGACCUGUAGGCCCCAGUGAAAAGCCUUGUGUUACCAUUGCUUUGGUCUAAUACAAAAGUCCAUUUUUUUUUGUAUGUUAGAGAAUGACCUCCCUUCUUUAUAUUUUAUUUUAUCAUGAUUACAUUAGAGCCAAACUUAAUUGUAAUGUAAACUUUUUGACUGCCUUCCCUUCACUUUAAUAUGUUAAAUAAAGAGAAUUGGUGGAGAAGAUUUACUGGAUUAGACUCAAGUUUCCUGCUUACAGACCAAUAAAGACCUGGAUUGGAUUAGAUGAAAAGUCAAAAUGUUGUUGAAUGCUUUUGAAGUAGAAGUCUCAAUCAGCCUGUUUUGUGUUGUGCAUAUUCACGCAAUCUUUUUGUGUAUAACCUCCAAAUACUUCCCUCAUAUAACACCAUUGUACAAUUUGUUUUAACUCCAUUUUGCCGAAGAAGGAGCAUUGUUUUAACUGUAUGGAUUAAAAGUUUUGAUACUGAUUGUGUUAUCCAUAAAUACAAAUAAAUUGCAGCAACUGUGCAGGUUCUGUGACUGUUAG